AUGGACGGUUCCUGGGCAACGGUGGUGCCUGCGGCCGCCUCCAAUGCGUUGCCGCGGCCUUCAACCGCUGCAGGAGCUUCGACCAGAUUGACCGCCAGAGGGUUGGCCGGCCGAUUGUUUGCCGCUUUGCGUCAAGGUGUUCAUCGCCAGACGCCGGUUGCCGCAGAGACGUUGGAAGCCGAUGCUUGCGUUGAGGAAACGUGUCGGACUUCGACGCAGAUGGACCUGGAGGCUGGUCUCCAGCCGCAGAGGGAGUCGAGGGAGUCGAGGCAGGUGAACAGCGGCGCCAAGGAAGACGAGGAAUUGGAGCUUCUGCUGGCAGACAUUGCGGCGCAGACGGCGCUACUGCAACAAGAGAUGCGUGAGGGAGGACUGCGGAAAUGCGAGGCUGAAGUGCAGAUAUCUCACACUGAACUUCAGAAGCAGAAGAUUGCACGUCAGCUGUUGGAGGAGCAGCUGAAAACCUUGGAAUGUCAACUCUUGGAUUCCACGGAGAAGGAGGAAAUCCGAUCUUUACUGAAAGACUUGGCGGCUCAGACAUCUGCAUGCGCAAAAGCGCAGGAACAAGUCCAGAAAGCCUUGAAAGACAUGGAAGAACUGGGCGCUGAAAAUGGCGCCGUGAAGGUCGACGAAGGUAUGGAAUCAACUACUCAGUUGCAGGAUAUGUUGGUGGAGCUGCAGCCGUCAAACGACGCUGUGAAGGCUGAUGAACUGAAGACUUUGCUGCGGAACUUUGCUUUGUAUACCGCUGUGAACCUUAAAGCCGAGGCAGCAAUCCAGGCUGUGCUGAAUGACCUGGAAGCGUUGAAGGCUUCGAAAGACCUGGAGGAGACGCAAAGGCUGUGGCAGCUAAAGCUGAGGAGGCCCCGAAAGGUGCCACCGCGGAUGCCACAAACAGCGGCCCGGAACCGAAGAACCGAAGCGCAGGGCGAAGCCCAAGCCGCAGGUGCGAAGGACGAUUUGUUGGAACGGAUAGAGCUCCACGAAGCGAUGCUGAAUUGCGAAUCCUCCAAGGCUUUGGGAGACUGUCAGAGAGUACCAGACAGUGGCAUGGACCCUUAG